UCCCGGCUCGGGCGGGCUGAGUGGCCAGCAGUUGGCACAGGGGCGCUGGCGCGUUGGCCGCUCCGCUCGCCUGCCGGCAGCCUCGGGUGCCCGGAGCCAGCGGUCCAGCCGGCGGCGCCGCGCGGGGGGCCGGGAGCGGGUGGGCAGGAGGCUGCGAGGCGGGAAGAAGCGUCGGCGGAGAAGGCGGAGACCGGCCGGCCGGCCCGCGAGCAGCCCCAGGCGCGCCCCAGCCUAGCCCGCAGCGUGGGGCUCGGGGCUCGGACGCCUGCCCGGCCCGCGUCCCCGCGCGGCCACAUGGCUCCGCUCGGUGCGCUGCUGUCCUGCCUGCUGCCCCUGCACUGUGCGCUCUGCGCCGCCGCGGGCAGCCGGACCCCAGAGCUGCACCUCUCCGGAAAGCUUGGUGACUAUGAUGUGACAGUGCCCUGCAGCACAGAUUUUCGGGGACGCUUCCUCUCCCACGUGGUGUCAGGGCCAGCAGCAGCCUCCGCAGGGAGUGCGAUAGUGGACAGGCCACCCGCACCACUGUCACACUCCAGUCACUUCCGGGUGGCCCGAAGCCCCCGGCGCCCCGAAGGAGCAACGCUGCGGCCUGGCUGGGCGGGGCGCCCCUCCCUCUACUUCAACGUCACUAUUUUUGGGGACAAACUGCACUUGCACCUGCAACCCAACCAGCGGCUGGUGGUGCCCGGAGCCUCGGUGCAGUGGCAGGAGGAUUUCCAGGAGCUGUUCCGGCAGCCCUUGCGGCGGGAGUGUGUCUAUACUGGGGGUGUCACGGGCAUGCCUGGGGCAGCUGUCGCCAUCAGCAACUGCGACGGAUUGGCGGGCCUCAUCCGCACCGACAGCACUGACUUCUUCAUAGAACCCCUGGAGUGGGGGCAGCAGGAGAAGGAGGCCAGCGGGAGGACGCAUGUGGUGUACCGUCGGGAAGUUGUCCCGCGGGAGUGGGCAGAGCCUGGCGGGGACCUUCACAAUGAAGCCUUUGGCCUGGGCAGCCUUCCCAACCUGCUGGGCCUGGUGGGGGACCAGCUGGGUGACGGGGAUCGGAAGCGGCGACAUGCCAAGACGGGCAGCUACAGCAUCGAAGUACUGCUGGCGGUGGACGACUCAGUGGUACGCUUCCAUGGCAAGGAGCACGUGCAGAACUACGUCCUCACCCUCAUGAACAUCGUGGAUGAGAUUUACCACGAUGAGUCCCUCGGAGCCCACAUAAACAUUGCCCUUGUCCGCUUGAUCAUGGUUGGCUACCGGCAGUCCCUGAGCCUGAUUGAGCGUGGGAACCCCUCGCGCAGCCUGGAGCAGGUGUGUCGCUGGGCACACUCUCAGCAGCGCCAGGACCCCGACCAUGCAGAGCACCACGACCAUGUCAUCUUCCUCACCCGGCAGGACUUUGGGCCCUCAGGUAUGCCAGGGUAUGCACCUGUCACUGGCAUGUGCCACCCCCUGAGAAGCUGUGCUCUUAACCACGAGGACGGCUUCUCUUCAGCCUUCGUGGUGGCCCAUGAGACCGGCCACGUGCUCGGCAUGGAGCAUGACGGUCAGGGGAAUGGCUGCGCAGAUGAGACCAGCCUGGGCAGCGUCAUGGCGCCCCUGGUGCAGGCUGCCUUCCACCGCUUCCAUUGGUCCCGCUGCAGCAAGCUGGAGCUCAGCCGCUACCUCCCCUCCUACGACUGCCUGCUCGAUGACCCCUUUGUGCCCGCCUGGCCCCGGCCCCCAGAGCUGCCCGGCAUCGACUACUCGAUGGACGAGCAGUGCCGCUUCGACUUUGGCACUGGGUACCACACCUGCUCAGUGUUCAGGACCUUUGAGCCCUGCAAACAGCUGUGGUGCAGCCACCCUGACAACCCAUACUUCUGCAAGACCAAGAAGGGGCCCCCGCUGGAUGGGACCGAGUGCGAGCCAGGCAAGUGGUGCUUCAAAGGUCACUGCAUCUGGAAGUCGCUGGAGCAGACUUACGGCCAGGAUGGAGGCUGGAGCUCCUGGACCACGUUUGGGUCAUGUUCGCGGUCAUGCGGGGGCGGGGUUCGAUCCCGCAGCCGGAGCUGUGAUAAUCCCCCCCCAGCCUAUGGAGGCCGCCUGUGCUCAGGGCCCACGUUCCAGUACCAGAUCUGCAACAGCGAGGAGUGUCCGGGGCCCUACGAGGACUUCCGGGCCCAGCAGUGUGCCAAGCGCAACUCCUACUAUAUCCACCAGAACGCCAAGCACAGCUGGGUCCCCUACGAGCCUGAUGACGACGCCCAGAAGUGUGAGCUGAUCUGCCAGUCGGAGGACACAGGGGCUGUGGUCUUCAUGAACCAGGUGGUCCAUGAUGGAACACGCUGCAGCUACCGGGACCCAUACAGCAUCUGUGCCCGUGGAGAGUGUGUGCCCGUCGGCUGUGACAAGGAGGUGGGGUCCAUGAAGGCUGAUGACAAGUGCGGGGUCUGUGGCGGUGACAACUCCCACUGCAGGACUGUGAAGGGGACGCUGGGCAAGGCCUCCAAGCAGGCAGGAGCUCUCAAACUGGUCCAGAUCCCAGCGGGUGCCAGGCACAUCCAGAUCGAGGAGCUGGAGAAGGCUCCGCACCGCAUUGCGGUGAAGAACCAGGUCACAGGCAGCUUCAUCCUCAACCCCAAGGGCAAGGAAGCCGCGAGCCAGACCUUCAUGGCAAUGGGCCUGGAGUGGGAGUAUGCGGUGGAGGACGCCAAGGAAAGCCUAAGGACCAGCGGGCCCCUGCCUGAAGCCAUCGCCGUCCUGGUGCUCCCCUCGGCUGAGGGUGGGCCCCGCAGCACCCUGGCCUACAAGUACAUCAUCCAUGAGGACCUUCUGCCCCUUAUCGGGAGCAACAACGUGCUCCUGGAGGAGACAGACACCUAUGAGUGGGCACUCAAGAGCUGGGCCCCCUGCACCAAGGCCUGCGGAGGAGGAAUCCAGUUCACCAAAUACGGCUGCCGGCGCCGCCGGGACCACCAUAUGGUGCAGCGGCACCUGUGCGACCACAGGAAGAGGCCCAAGCCCAUCCGCCGGCGCUGCAACCAGCACCCCUGUGCCCCGCCUGCGUGGGUGACGGAGGAGUGGGGCACCUGCAGCCGGAGCUGUGGGAAGCUGGGGGUGCAGACCCGGGGGGUGCAGUGCCUGCUGCCCCUCUCCAACGGUACCCACAAGGCCAUGCCGGCCAAGGCCUGCCCUGGGGACCGGCCCGAGGCCCGGCGGCCCUGCUUCCGCGUGCCCUGUCCAGCUCAGUGGCGGACGGGAGCCUGGUCGCAGUGCUCCGCCACCUGUGGAGAGGGCAUCCAGCAGCGGCAGGUGGUAUGCCGGACCAGCGCCAAUAGUCUCGGGCAGUGUGAGGGGGACAAGCCAGACACUGUCCAGAUCUGCAGCCUGCCUGCCUGUGGAGGAAAUCUCUGGAACUCCACAGUGAGGGCUGACGUCCCGGAACUUGUGACCCCAGAGGGGCAGUGGGUGCCACAACCUGGACCCCUACAUCCCAUUAACAAGAUAUCAUCAAAGCCCUGCGUGGGGGACAGGUCCAUCUUCUGCCAGAUGGAAGUGCUCGAUCGCUACUGCUUCAUCCCUGGCUACCACCGGCUGUGCUGCGAGUCCUGUACCAAGAAGGCUUUGGGCCCUGGCGUGAGCCCGGCCCCUGCCCUGGCCUCACCAUCACCCUUCUCUGCUCCUGGGAGCCCUUUACCAGGACCCAAGGCCCCUCCAGAUGCGGUGGAGCCCACUGUGGGGCCAACGGGAUCAGAAGACCACCAGCAUGGCCGACCCACACAGCUCCCAGGACCUCUGAGCACAAGCUCCCGAGUGACCCAGCGCCCCUUUGCUCCCCAGAAACUGAGCCCUAGAACAUUCUGGGGCACUUCCCCAUGCACCCACCGGGGACUAACUUGGGGCUGGACCGGAGCUCCUCUGCAAGCCUCUGAAAAUAAAGGGCAACUCAGGGAAGACCCGAAAUAUCCAGGCACCAGCCUUCCGGCCACCUCCCCGGUGACAUGAGCCCCCCCUUCCCCAUCCCCCUAGUCAAGUUUACACUCUGUGUGCUGCCCGGAGACCCCCACGCAGAGGACACACAGCGGGCAGGGCAAGCACAGACUUCCUUUUAAAUUAUUUGCUUUCUUGUUCUAGUCUGGGGCUGUGACACUUUCACCCCGUGAAGUGGGUGUGCAAGGAAGGAGAAGAUCAGGGAAUGUCCUAACCAGAGAUACCUCAGCGAACAGCCCAGGCGGCCGAAUCGAACCUCUCAGGGGCUCCUGUCAGUCUCUCUGCCAGGACUGAGGGCCAGCCAGCACCCCCUCCUCACAGCCACUGGAUCCCUCGGGCUGUCUGCCUUCAUCAGAGCUUGGGGGCACCCCUGUGGAGGCCCUGUCCAUCUGGCCCCUCUGCCCAGGCAGAGCGGGGCCAGGGGAGGUGAAGGGGGCCCUCGGGGCAGUCCGAGAGGGAGGGAGCUGGGGCAGUGUGGUCGUGAGGCUCUGGCUGCAGGGCUGGGGCGGGUGGGAGGCAUGUUCAUCUCAGGCCCAGCUCUUUGUAAUGAGAGCUCCACACAGCUCCUCCGGCCAAGGCCAAGGGUCCAGCCUGCCUUGCCUGGCUGGAGGGCAGUGUCGGUGGCUACCUCUGUCCCUGGAGAUGGCACUUCCUGUUCCUUCUGGGGCCUCCAGGUUACAGUCGGGCCUCCCAGCCCACCCGAGAAGGGGGCUCUGGACACUCUGGAAGGUGUGUCCUCAUCAUCCAGGGGUUUCCCAACUGGUGCUAGACCCCUGGCUGGACCAGGAAUGCUAACUUUGGUCCUCACUCUGGGGCACGAGGGGGACUUUGUGGGACACAGAGGAGACGUGAGCUGUCUGGCUGUGCCCUGUCAAUCAUUGCCCUCUGCCGAAGACCAUCCUGCUGGAGGCAGGGCUUCUUCUCCCAGCUGGCUCAAGCUGGGCCAGAGGUUUGUGGUGCUGGUGGUCAGGCCCCAGAGCUGAGGACCAGAGUCCACUCAUAGCUGGGCCCUGGGGAUGACAAGGGCCACCCAGGCCAAGUGGCCCAGGGUAGGAUGUGAGCCUCUGCCCCAUGCUGGGGUGGGGAGGAGACACUGACCCACAGCACUGUGGGGCCUCGGCCACCCUCUGUGUUACCUCCAAAGGCAGGUAAUUUCCCUAGACCCUCCGGCUCUGGGGAAGCCACGCGGGGCUCCCCAGAAUCCCUCCCAGGGGUCCUCCGAGCUGUGCAGAGGGCCUCCCAGACCCUUCGGCAGGUGACAGAGGUGCUCGCCAGUCCUUCCUUCCCCAGGUCCACAGGGCCGUUCUGAGCCAGGCUGGAGGAACAGGAGCAGUGGGCCCCGGCCCGCAACCCCCUGGAGAAUAGAGGCCCUAGAGGGGACUCCCCAGGUGCCCUCUCCACUGCUGCCCACCCCCUCCUGGGAUGCUGGGCACACGCUCAAUCAUUCCUGUGAGACCCAGCCUGCCUGUGUUAAGGGGUGUAAACUCUUGUGCCUUUGAGAUUCAGAUCUUUAAAUUUUUAUGUAUUUAUUAAUAUUUUAUAAUAACUUGGUGUUUUGUUUUGGAUCCCAAAA